AUGUCAGCCUCCAGAGAUGUCAAACAGAGCCUGGGCCUGAAAAAUGUCCGAUGGAAAAGAGUCAGCACCAAAGACAAGCUGGAUGUGUCCGCUCCAAGAGAAAGAGAGCCAGCUGGUGUCAUCCGGGGGCCCUGCCCCACAUACCUCCCAACAGUCUGUGCUGGUAGCAAGAAGGAGGCUGGAGGCUGGAGAGACUGGCAUUACCACCAGGGAGAGAUCAGCUUUAUCGGGUCUGGGAAGAAACAUGCAAAGUUCCUAAGAGUGCCCAGCAUGCUGCCCCCCAGCAUCCUCUUCGAGUUCAUGGUCAGCGAGUGGCACCUGCCCACGCCCAACCUCGUCAUCUCGCUGGUGAGCGAGGAGCAGAACUUUCCCAUGAAGCCGUGGCUCCGGGACAUCUUGCGGAAGGGGCUGGUGAAGGCCAUGCAGAGCACAGGAGCAUGGAUAUUCACUGGUGCCCUGCGGGUGGGCCUGGCCAGACAUGUCGGGCAGGCAGUUCGAGACCAUUCCCUGGCCAGCACAUCCACCAAAGUAAGGGUGAUCACCAUUGGGAUCGCAUCACUGCCCAGGGUCCUGCACAAGGAGGUUUUGGACAGCUCUCAGAACGAGAACCCAAUCCUCUAUAAGUCAGAUGACUGCGGCCAAGGUGCCCUCUACUCCCUGGACAGCAACCACUCCCACUUCAUCCUGGUGGACCCGCUGCUGGACAGAGCCCCAGCCCCUGGGCAUGGCGACCCGAGCAUCAGGCUCAGGCUCCUGCUGGAGAAGCACAUCUCUGAGCAGCGGACGGGCUAUGGUGGUAAAGGUAGCAUUGAGAUCCCCGUACUUUGUUUACUGGUCAAUGGGGGCCCUGGAACCCUUGAGCGGAUUUUCCAGGCAGUGGAGAACUCUGCCCCUUGGCUGAUCCUGGCGGGAUCUGGCGGCAUGGCAGACAUCAUCGCUGCCCUGAUGAACCAGCCCCACCUCAUCGUGCCCCAAGUGAUGGAGAAACAUUUUAAGGAAAAAUUCCCCACUGAGAACUUCUCCUGGGAGGACGUUCUCCACUGGACAGAGCUGCUCCAGGCGAUCACUGCCCAGCAGCACCUCCUCACCAUCCAUGACUUCGAGCAGGAAGGUUCUGAGGAGCUGGACACAGUCAUCUUGAAGGCACUAGUGAAGGCCUGUAAGAGCCACAGUCAGGAGGCCCAGGAGUACCUGGACGAGCUGAAGCUGGCCGUGGCCUGGAACCGCAUCGACAUUGCCAAGAGCGAAAUAUUCAGCGGAGAUGUGGAGUGGAAGUCUGGUGACCUGGAGGAGGUGAUGAUGGACGCUCUGGUGAACGACAAGCCGGAGUUCGUGCGGCUCUUCGUGGACAACGGCGCCAGCAUGCACGACUUUCUGACAUACGGGCGGCUGCAGGAGCUGUAUCGGGCCAUCCCCCAGAAGAGCCUGCUCUUCCACCUGCUCCUCAGGAAGCAUGAGGAGAGCAGACUCACACUGGCGGGACUGGGGUACGGGCAGCCGGGCAAGGAGCCGCCAGGGGGAGGGCCCUCGUUCUCCCUCCAUGAUGUGGCCCGGGUGCUCAAGGACUUUCUCCAUGAUGCCUGCCGGGGCUUCUACCAGGACAGCAAGCUGGCUGGCCGGAGGAGGGCAGACAAAGUCACUGCCAAGCGCCUCGGUGGGCCAAAGUGGGCUCUGGACCUGACCCAGAGGAGCACAGCGCCCUGGAGGGACUUGUUCUUGUGGGCUGUACUCCAGAAUCGGCAUGAGAUGGCCAACUACUUCUGGGCCAUGGGGCAGGAGGGUGUGGCUGCUGCCUUGGCUGCUUGCAAGAUCCUCAAAGAAAUGUCCCACCUGGAGACUGAGGCAGAGGUGGCCCGAAGCAUGAAGGAAGCCAAUUAUGAGCAUCUGGCUUUGGCCCCCGAGAACAAGAGCUCUGAAACCCCUGGAUCUUCCAAGGAUGUAGAUGACCCGUGCCCAGCUCCAGAUUGUGCUGCACAACACCUGCGUCUCCAGAACACCAGCCCAGGAGAGGGAGCACCCCCUGGGAGGGUGGGGGAGGAACCUGCCCACCUGGCCAUGGGCUUCAGGCAGAUCCACCUGGUGCUCACAGCAUUGUGGGAGGGCAGCGGGCAGACUCCGAAGCCCUGUCCCUCACGUGUCCGGCCAGAGCUCUUCAGCGAGUGCUACAACAACAGUGAGGACCGGGCUUUUGCCCUGCUCGUGAGAAAGAACCAGGACUGGAGUAAGACCACUUGUCUGCACUUGGCCACUGAAGCCGACACCAAGGCCUUCUUUGCCCACGAUGGGGUCCAGGCCUUUUUGACCAAAAUCUGGUGGGGAGACAUGGCCACUGGCACCCCGAUCCUGAGGCUGAUCUGCGCCUUCUGCUGCCCUGUCCUCAUCUACACCAACCUGAUCACCUUCAGUGAGGAGCUUCCUCUGAGGAGUGACCUGGAGACCUUCAGAGAGCUGGACAGCCUGGACACAGAGAGGAUGCUACUUUUCCCCUCCCCCAGCAUCAGGAGGGAGGAAGCGUCUGAGGGGAGGAGGCCCCGGACCUGGGCCGUGGCCAGCCCCUUCCUGCUCUCCCGAUGGAAGAAGUUCUGGGGGGCCCCCGUGACCGUGUUUCUGGGGAACACCGUUAUGUACUUUGCCUUUCUCUUCCUGUUCACCUACGUGCUCCUGGUGGACUUCCCGCCCCCUCCGGCCGGCCCGGGGGGGCCUGAGCUGAUCCUCUACUUCUGGGUGCUCACCUUGGUGCUGGAGGAGGUUCGGCAGGGUUUCUUCACUGAUGAAGACACAAAUCUCCUGAAGAAAUUCAAGGUCUACGUGGAGGACAACUGGAAUAAGUGUGACAUGGUGGCCAUCUUCCUCUUCAUUGUUGGCGUCACCUGCAGGGUGCUGAGCUCCACGUUCGAGGCCGGCCGGACCGUGCUGGCCGUGGACUUCAUGGUGUUCACCCUGAGGCUCAUCCAUAUCUUUGCCAUCCACAAGCAGCUGGGACCCAAGAUCAUCAUUGUGGAGAGGAUGAUGAAGGACGUCUUCUUCUUUCUCUUUUUCCUGACCGUGUGGCUCACUGCCUAUGGGGUCACAACGCAAGCCCUGCUCCACCCCAGAGACAGCCGUGUGGAGUGGAUCUUCCGGAGGGUCCUCUACAGGCCCUACCUGCAAAUCUUCGGGCAGAUCCCCCUGGACGAGAUUGAUGAGGCCCGGGUGAACUGCUCGGCCCACCCCCUUCUGCUAGAGAACUCCCCGUCAUGCCCCAACCUCUACGCUAACUGGCUGGUCAUCCUGCUCUUGGUUACCUUUCUGCUGGUCACCAAUGUGCUCCUCAUGAACCUGCUGAUCGCUAUGUUCAGCUACACCUUCCAAGUGGUCCAGGGCAACGCAGAUAUCUUCUGGAAAUUCCAACGCUACAACCUCAUUGUGGAGUACCAUGAGCGCCCCGCCCUGGCUCCGCCCUUCAUCCUACUCAGCCAUCUCAGCCUCAUCCUCAAAAAGGCUUUUAAACAGGAAGAGCAUAAGAAGGAACAUCUGGAGAGGGACUUGCCUGACACCUUGGACCAGAAAAUUGUCACCUGGGAAACAGUUCAGAAGGAGAACUUUCUGGCCAAUCUGGAGAAAAGGAGGAAAGAAAGUACCAAGGAAACAUUAAAAAAAACAUUGCACAGGGUGGAUUUCAUCUGUCAGCACAUGGCAGGCCUGAGGGAACAAGAGAAACGCGUCCGGGCUCUGGAGUCACAAAUUGAUUACUGCACAGUUGUCCUGUCCACUCUGGCGGACACGCUGACCCAGGCCGGCUCCAUGGAGUGUCAGCCGCCACCAAACUAUGCAAGUAAGGCUGAGGAGGUAACUGCGUUGGAGGCGGAGGGCGAAUUCCUGUCCAGAAAGAGGCUCCCAGCCCUUGACGUUCCUGCGACAGCGGCUGCCACAUUUUCUGGGUCUGAGGAUGGCCAUUUCUCCAGCCGUCUAGGUCUUCGCUUCCUGUUGGCUGAGAUGUUUUCACCGGGGUGUAGCCACUGUGCACACGAUAGCUUCUUGGAGCCACAGAGGGCUCUGGAGGAGACGGUGAAGUCGGCGACCUUGCAAUAG